GUCCGCAGUAUGAUGUCUCGUCUGGUCGGAGAGGAAUUGGGCAAAUGUUAUGCUCGUGAGGGUGUGAAUCAUUUGGAGAAGUGUGGGGUUUUGAGGGAAAAGUACUUUGAGUUGCUGGGCGAGCGCAAGAUUAAGGGUUACUUGUUCCAGGAGAAGAAUUACUUUGCUGGGGAGGGAAAUAAGUCUGCUUAGAUUUGAAGUUGGGGGAUGGGAUGGGUUGAAUCGGUUUCUGUGUUAUGUUAUGUGAUAUACAAUAUAUGCAUUGUGUUUUAUUUUCAUACUCUUUUCUCUGGGUUUGGGUUGUGGGGAGUUGUGAUUGUAUAAUAUGUUUUGAGAUGGGUGGAUAUGGACUCUAGCUCUGGGUUUAUACGGGUUGCUAGGUGUGAGUGGAUUGCUGUGUCUGAUUGGUACUGCGUAUGCGGAGUAGAACCUAUGUGUGCAUAGGCAGACCAUAUGGUAUGGUAUUUGUAUACAAGCUCAAAAUCAAUAAUAGGCACUGUCACUCCGCUCCGGCACUGUUCCCGGCGUAUACACACGCGCUACACUGGCUGCCUCUUCAUCACUAUCCUCGA